AUGAAAGUUUUGUAUCAGGUGUUUGAAGAGUUACCACAAGUUCGUCAAUUUGAGAAAGAUAUGUAUUCGGAUGUUUUGAAUACAGCAUUGUUUUUGACUCAAAAAUUCAUUGAUGUGCCACAACAUGCUGGUGUACUUGUGAGUUGUUUCGAAACCUGCUGAAAAGUUGAUGAGUUUUUAUAAGGCUCCAAAUUCAGGGCUCUUUUUUUCGAGAUUUCGAGCUGUUUUGGAGCUCAUAAUUCCAGUUAUUUUCAGCGUUUCAGAAAACAUUAAAGUGUCAAACUAUUUUUCUUCCAGUGUAAUGGUUCAUAUAUUUCAACUGGCCAACUUCAUCAAGAAGUGAACAUUUUGCGAAUUGCUAUGGAUCGAAUUAAUCAAGUUAUCCAAAGUCGAAAACAAUUGAAUAUUUAUAAUAACUCAAAUGUUUGA